AUGACGCUGAAGCACGCACUGCUAGCGACCCAACGACAGCAUUGGCUUCAGAAGAGCCAAAAUCCUGAACCGUCCAAGCCCUCCGGCCCCGAGUCCGUGUGGUCUGGACUCACCGAUGACGAAGCGAGCGACCUCUCGAGGCGAGCUCUCCAGACCGUCUGCUUGUUUCGGUCAGUUGUCGGUGUGCAAAUGCCGGCCACAUUGAUAGAGGCGGAGCUCAAGCAGUGGUGGGAUGAUGUUGGCCAUGCGCUGCUCUUUCAGUCUGGCCCCGAGCUGCCCGCAGAGGAAGCUUCAGACGGCUCCGACGACGAGGGUCCCGACCCGCUGGUCCUUGACUCCGACCCUGCCAAGGUGACUAGUGCGACGCUGCAGGGUUUGGCUUUCGAAGCCCAGGUCAAGAAGGACAUCGAGUACAUGCAGAAGGGGGAGACACCUGGUCUUGAACCCGCUGCUACUGCGGACGAGCCCAUGGAGGCCUCUACUGAUCCUGCUUCAAGUGCCGCCGAUGUCGUCAUGGGCGAGCGGGGCCCUUUCCCGAACAAGAAGCCUCGAAGGGCGGCCAAGACUCUUGAGACCAUUCUGGAAAAGGCCGGCUUUGAGAAGUUCGAGCCACCCGAGGGUGACAAAGACAAGCUGGCCAUCAAGAGAUUGCAGCAGAUGGCAGGCGACAUUGUGAAGCUCGUCUUGACGAUCCGGGAAAGCGAGGGAUUCUUGUCAUCCGUCCAGCUGUCUGGCCAACGCAAGCCCGGCCAGAACAAGCACAAUGAUUUGCAGCACGAGCUCGCGAAGGCGCAGCAGGCUUACGGCUUGGUGGGCGCUGCAGAGCUGGAUCCCGCCGACACGUCCAUUGCAGAGCAGAUCACCGCCUUCAGGCCGAGUGUGACGCGAGAUGACUCCGGCCAGCGGCGCUACCAGGUGCUUGGGCUGCGUCUCCACCAGGUGGGAGAGACUCGGUUGGGCCUCGUCGAGCAAGUCUUCCGCGGAAGCAUCGGCCGCAAGAAGCGAGCAGGUGCAAAGCCUGCAGAGUCCAUGCUGCCAGCUCGGCAGUGUGUGCGACUUCACAUCUUGCUGCUGUCCAAACUGUCCAGCACGAGUUAUCAAGCAACGGCGUUGUCGGAGGCAUGGGUCGUCGAUCCAUUUGACGAGGAGGCUCCCCUGCUUUACCAAGUGCCAGCUGAAAUCGUGGAAGACGAGUGGCGAGUUCUCAUCCGCCUCAGUCCGCAAGCGGUCACCGCAGCCUUGAAGAUCCAGGGCCUCGACAUCCAGACGGGCAGCGAUGAGCACAAGCCAGACUCUGGACAGGUCUGGUACACCAUCAGCAGCUUUGCGCCCACAAAGUCUGGCAAGGACAACAUCGAGCGGUACAUGGACUGCUGUCGUCGGAUGUGGGAGAAGCUGAAAGGGCGGCCUAUGCUUGACAGCAGUGGUGUGCCGAUCUUCAUGGCCAAGGUCAAAAACCCGCCCACGUGGUCGCAGCUGCUUGCCCGAGUCUUCGCUUAUUUCGAUGCGACCAUCAGAGGCAAGAAAGCUGGAGAGAGCAAGGCCCCAUCGGUGAGUGCAGACGACUUCUCCAAGGCAGUUUACAGCAAGUUUCAGUUUGUGGCACCUGUGGAGGAAGCCGGCAGAUGGAUUGAGUUCCUGCACAGUGUUCAUUCCAUCUCGCCACAGGUGUUGCCGAGUGCGUAG